AUGGCUGAAUCCACUGGUCACUUACUAAUAUCUGGUGACUUCAAUUUACAUGUUGAUGACCCAUGUAGCAUCUAUGCAAACCUCUUUAAUGAAAUUCUUGAAUCUUGCAACCUAAAAGAACACGUUACUGGAGCAACUCACGCUAACGGACACACUUUGGAUCUUGUAAUUUCUAAAAAAGAUAAUCCUCUCAUUACUGAAAUCAAGAUUUUCGACCCUGUAAUCUCGAAUCACUGUGCGUUUCAUUGUAACCUGCGGGUACAAAAACCGCACUUUACGAAGAAAAAGGUGUACUAUCGGAAUCUGCGUUCUUUGGAUAUUGAAUCCUUUUGUGAAGAUAUCUUGACUUCUCCCUUGCUACAGGAUCAAGCUGUGGAACUCAACGCUCUUGUGGAUCAUUAUUACGAUCCCUUUUGGAUCUCUAUGCCCCUCGUUACGACCUCGUGAUCCCUGGUAUAAACCAGAAGUGGUUGUGCAGAAAAACAUUCGAAGGCGGUUAGAGAGGAAGUGGCGUUCGACUAGGUUACUAUGUGAUCGUGAGCAAUACGUUAAUCAGUGCUACGUUGUCAACAAUUUGACUGACAUCAUUAAUGAACAUUCAUCAUAUCAGAGGAUAUUGUUCUAG